AUGUGGCAGCCCAGCAUCUCUCAAUGCCCUUCCCAGCCCUCUCAUUGGCUCCGGACUGUGAGAAACUCCAACAAGCCCAAGACCCACACAUUCAUAUGGAGAUUUAAGAGUAUAAAUAGGAGGGAGAACCAGAGGGAAGACAGCACAUAUCCAAUUGGCUCUUUACUGAGACUUCAGCUCAACAGAAUUACUACUGCUACAGCCAUGGCACCAACUAUGAUUAGACAGAUGACCAACCCUAAGCAGCACCUCUCACUUACUAAGGUAAACAAAUGCUUUCAAAUCUUUGAAUACAUAAAUACAUUUCAUUCUUAUUAUAUUGCUGUUGAUACUAGUACAUGGCAGAUCAAGUUGACUAAAUUGUUCCUUGUUUUCUCUUUGUGCAGGUAAGGAAGCCAGUGGUGGAGAAGAUGCGUAGGGAUCGCAUCAACACCAGCAUUGAGCAGCUCAAGUCCCUCCUGGGUCCUGAGUUCCUCCGCCAGCAGCCCGACUCCAAGCAGGAGAAGGCCGACAUCUUGGAGAUGACUGUCUAUUUCCUGAGCUGCCAGCAGCAGGCAGGAAGUUCCUCCACCACGGCAGCCAAUGAGGGCUACUCUCGCUGUGUGCAGGAGGCUGUCAGCUUCCUGUCUCAGUGUGAGGUGAAGACACAGUCCCACAGCUCGCUGUUGAGCCACUUCCAGAGCCUGCAGACAUCCAGCCAACACAACCAGGCUCCCUGGUCCUUCUCCCCACCGGGCUCCCCAAUCCACCAGGCCACCACCAAGGGUGUGAUGAGCCCCGUCUCCCAUCCACUCUGGAGGCCUUGGUAG